UUUCCUCUAUAAAUACCCCUUAACCGCUCCUCAUCUCCACCACCAAAACCACCGUUAAACACUCACCGGAACCCUACUUUUUUCACCGGAAAUGGCGAUUAAAAAAUCAAACAAACUCCCACAAGCAGCACUAUUGAAGCAAAUCCUCAAAAGAUGUUCAAGCUUAGGCAAGAAACAUGGAUAUGAUGACGAUGGCCUCCCGCUCGACGUCCCAAAAGGCCAUUUUCCGGUGUACGUUGGCGUUAACCGAACUCGAUACAUCGUUCCGAUUUCGUUCUUAACUCACCCGGAAUUCCAACAACUCCUCCGACAUGCGGAGGAGGAGUUCGGGUUCCAUCAUGAAAUGGGCCUCACUAUCCCAUGCGAAGAGGUGGUUUUCCGAUCUCUUACAUCCAUGAUCCGAUGAAUUAUACUAGGGUUUCGCCACUAGGGCGCAACCGUAGUUAUGUUGAGAAGUGCUUGAACCGCAUAAAACAUAUAUAACCUUGCAUUACUUAAUACACCCCCUCCUUUUACGUACUUACAAGUGGGCCCCGUAUGGGAUCAGUACGUUUCUCUCAAAGGGGGUAUAGUUAGUAACUACGAGGAUGCAUUUAGAUCAAGCCUUAAGAUAUUGGGUAAGCAGUUAUGUAACUGCUUUCUGUGUCUCACUUAAUGCAAAGGGUACAAUGCAUUAUGUGAUUUUAGAAGUUCUCAACGUAUUCUUGGUUCCGAAAUUGCAAUGGUUUUCACAUCACUCAUCAUGCCCCCAUGAACAUUUUUAGCUGUAUGGCUUCUGAUCCGUGGUUAUUCUCCGAUCGCUCACCUCCGUUCUCCGAUGAAGGCUUUUAGGGUUCCUCCACAGUUGUUUCCGGUCACCAACCGCCGUGCUCCGGCGAGACUUAAGAGAAAUAGGAUUUUGAAGAUGAAAUUGCAUAUUGCAAUGGUGUCUUUUUUAAGGCUGGUUUCUUUUUCCAGAGCUAUAGUUUCCAAAUCCAGAGAAACGUAUAACUAUUAACGAGUGAUGUACUAUAUUAGUUAAUGGGUUACGGCUCUUGGAUAUGGAUUUUUAGCUCUGAGAAAAUGGAUUUGCUUUUUUUUUUAACCAUUUUUCUUUUUUUGACUCUAACCCAAGAUGCCAAAAUAUUCCAAUUUAAAUUUCAAUUUUUUUUUGGGUUAGACUGAUGUGUAGAAAGGAAGUCUUGUAAUUUUUCUCAUUUGAGGUGUAAGAAUUACCCUUUUGAGAGUGGUUAAAUGUUUCUCCAGUAUUAUGUAAUAUUUGGAAGAGAGGUUUGUUUAUUUUAUGCAAGUUUUAAGUGAUUUGUAUCAAACAUUAUGAUGAAGCUUGGUAUUUUAUAAUUUUUUUUUGG